AUGGCCGCUUCCUCCUCGGCCGCCGCUCCGCCGGAGACGUCGCCCACAGCGCCGCGCGGCCGCGGAAACGACGGCGUGGGUGUGAAGGUGGAGGAGCUGUGCUGCAUCUGCCACCUCCCCGCCGAUCCGGACCGCCAGCUGGCCCCCCUGAGCGACGGCAAUUUCGUCCACUACGACUGCCGCUGCGAGGUGUGCGAGCGCAAAGCCCAAUGGCUGACCGUCUGGGAGUUCAUGGGGGGCUUGCCAGGCAAGCUCACGAGCCUGCUGCUCCCCCUCUUCCUCGCCGUCUGUGUCCUCGGUGAAACAGUCAUGCACCUCAUCACCUUACAAACUUGGCGCCUCGUUUUCGCCAGAACCUUUGCUGAAGUGUACCAUCUGGUCUCCCUCCGCCUCUCUGCCACCUCCAUCAUCGCUUCGGUAUCGUUCUUUGCUGCAUUUGCGAAUAGGUUUGCGCCGUUUGCAGUGGCUCCAUUUGCGCGCUGGGUUAAACGCCUAGAAACCCGGUGUCGGGGAUGGUGGGGCAUCGAUGGCUGGCAAGUCCUCCAGCUAUUUUCUGUUGAAGCCUGCUUGGUGGUGUUAAUAGCUGAUAUGGCUGUUGCUUGUAUUUUUGGUUUACUCCCAUUCUCACUUGGAAGGAUAAUUUUGUGGUGCAUGCCGUCUUUCAAUUUUAACAGUGUGGAUGAAGUCGACUCCUAUACUUCAACUUCAACAACUAUUCUGGUUGGAUAUGGAUUUAUCUUUUCCGUGGGAGUAUUUUUUGUUGGGCUGAAUACUUUUCGUGAAUACUUGACCGGGGAGCGCCUUACAAUUGCAAUUCUCUUAAGAAAGCUUUCUGGUAUAUUCUUCAGAGGGAUCUUGCGUUCAAUCAUUGGUGCCAAUAUUGGUGUUAAUCUUUUAUACAUAUAUAUACUACACCCAUUGUUCAUUGGUUGGUUGCUUGAUAUGUGCACUUCAAAAUUGUUUGGUGCAACAAUAUCUCAGAGGUUCAAAUUUCUGAUUGCGCCGUCGUUUUCUUCUAUAACUCUUCAUUGGUUUACUGGACGCAACAUUUUGAGUCUGCGCAACAGAGUCUUCGUAUUUCUCCGCAAGGUAUUGAAGCCAGGAAUUACGAUUCGCUUUGUCCGACAUAAUAUUUCUGAACCAUUCUAUAUAUUCUAUUUCAAGAGGCUUCCUGGCCUUUUUGACGACAUUACAUUUAUUGCUCUAGUAAUCCUUGUUCCUACUAAAAUGGCUGUCGAGUUGGAACCUGAGGAGUUCCCACUAGACAUCACCUACUUUGAUCGUCCUGCUAAGGGCACAUCAUUCUGGCAAGGGCCACUGUACUACGCACAGGCACUUUCUGCUAUUCUUUAUCUCAGGUUUCUCACUGACAAUACAGUUUUAUACCUCGAGUGGUUAGUCUGGAGGGUAAGAUGCUAUUGGCUCUUCACUGCUGGAGAUGCCCUGUGGAACAUUGUCUCACCGAGGGAACAUUAUGAUAUAAGCGAUGAAGUUAACAAUAGAAGACUUUUCUAG